AAGGCACAGCCAGCAAGGCUAGUGAAGAGACAGACAGAGUUCAAGUUCAACAGAGGGAGCACAACAACGAGGGGAAAAGAAAGCGGUCGAGAAACAAGGAGGACUUGGAUGUCCAAAGUCCAUAGAGUGAGUGCACUGACACAGCGUACUCGAGACUUGGAGAGGAAAGAAAAGAGCCACGGAAGUCGGGCAGCGACUGCCAGCAUAUUAUGUGUGGAGACAACACCUAUACCUCAAACGUUUUGCCAUUAAUUGACGAGCGUGUUUAAAUCAAUAUAGUUUAUUUAAAAAACGGAACGUUCAAUCAAGGUGCUUUUUAAGCUUUCUGAAAAGUGAGGUAUGAUGAGACAUGCAUUCAGUGCUUUAAAAACCCGAAUAACUGUGUAAAUAAAAUCCAUCACGAAAAUUCAGCAUAAUAAUAUAUAAACACCUUCAAAGUAAAGCGGACAUUCGAAAAUAUUUAUUAUUUUUACAGAGAGGACACCCGAAAACAGUGAAGAAAAAAACCCAACAACACUGUAAUGAACAACGUUUCAUUUCUGUUAGAGUUCAUUCCUAAAUCAAGAAGAGAAUGCGACUGCAACAAAAAGGGUUAUUGACGAGAAAAGCUUUCAUUUGAAUCGAUCGUAUUAUCUUCAGCAUUCAAUUUAUGGUGCCAUUGAUGAUAGAACAUACGCACGUGACUAUUUCAUUUCCUUCAAAACUAGAGGUCUAUACCCAUAAAAAGCAACAGAAAGGCUUAGAUUUUUGACCACCAAGUCUGAUCAUCGCGAACAAGUCAGUGCAUCUGCUAUGACUAUAGAGGGAAUUCUACCAUCAGUCAUUUUCAACGGUUCUCAGAUCAGCCAGACACUUGUUGUAGACGCACAUCCUACCGCCAUGAUAUCCCAACUUCUAACCAACGGACCAUCAUCACCUCUACCACGACCAGCCGCCCCCAACAUCAGUAACGACAUCACUGGGUACGAGUACGAGAGCCUAGACGAGUACCUCGCCGAGCUGAGCGACGCACGCGCACUGACGCUCCUUCCGGCCAUCCUGGUGCUGGGCGUCAUCAUGGUGUGUGGCGCCGUGGGCAACAGCCUCGUCUUCUACAUCUACCUGCUCAAGUUCCACCCCAGCUCCACCCGCUCGGCCAUCUUGGCGCUGGCGGGGCUGGACCUCCUCACUUGCGCCGUCAGCAUCCCGGGAGAGAUCCUGGACCUGAGAUACGCCUACAGCUUCAGCAGCGACACACUGUGCAAAGGUUUCCGGCUGGCGACCACGAUGACGCUGAUAGCCUCAGGAUUCAUCCUGCUGGUGGUGGCCGUGGACCGCUACCAUCGCAUCUGUCGGCCCAUGAGAAACCAGCUUACUGCCGCCGACGCCUGGCGACGCGUCCUGUUCGCCUGCCUCCUGGCCAUCGCCUUCUCCGUGCCGGCGCCCGUGGUGUACGGUGUGGCACGCGUGGCCACGCCCCUCCCCCCCUCGCACAACGAGAGCUUCUACGGCAGCGAGUGCUCCACAAGCCAGCAGUACCAGGGACACGCGCUCCCCAUCGCCUACAACGUCGUGCUGUGCCUCCUCUUCCUCGCCGCCUUCCUCACUAUGAUCGUCCUCUACGCGCUUAUCGGGCGGCAGGUGCUCCGACAAAUGCAGUUUCGCAGCAGCAUGAAGAACCGACGCGGCAGCAUGAUCAGAACGGAGCUGGGCAGCAACGGAGGCGGAAACACCACGGCAAGGCAGGCGGGCACAGCGUACGGCGAAGAAGCGGAGCAUUCCAUCUCCGACGGCGCCAAGGACUCUUCGCUACUACAGCAUGAGAUCAAGGCCGAGCCGGACCUGCCCUCCUCCAUCUCAGCCGGCGGACACUCCCUGCCCGGCAGCCCGACCAGCGUGACGUCAGCACCUCGCCUGUCUCGCAAGUCCUCGGUGCUCGGACGCUUUCGGCGGCGCACCCAGUCCGGCGACGCGCGCACGCGCAAGACCACGCUCAUGCUCUUCUUCAUCACCAUCGUGUUCGUGGCCAGUUUCCUACCUCACCUGCUGCUCAAGGUUAUGCAGGCUCUAAACAAAACCUUCGUGGAGAAUCUGAGCAUGGCUGGUCUGAUCCUCUACAACAUAUUCGUCCGCUCCUGCUUCUUCAACACGGCCGUCAAUUCGUUCGUCUACGGCUUCUGCAGCCCAAAGUUCCGGCAGGAGUGCAAAGCGCUGUUCAUUGUCAAACUCGCCUUCUGGGUCAAGAGGAGAAAGAUGUCCGUGCACAGCGACGACCUCGCUUAAACGGGUGACGACACGCAAGGGCCCGUGGGACAAUGCUUGCUCAAGCUGGUUCAGCUGAACUUCCACUUUGUCUUUUAAUGUGGAGCACAAGCAAGUCCAACUCGCUCAUUUACUCUUUAUAACAUAAACCACUCCGCAUUUGUAGGAUCGUCCCUCAGACUGAAGUUAAAGGCAAUGUUUUCAAAAUAAACUACCCCCCCCCCAAAUGAAUGUAGAUUAUGAAAGUUUCCCAUUAGAGUAUACCUUCAAAUGGGGAAAACAGAAGACGUAUUAUUAUGCCAUCUGAACUGUCCGUAAGACCUUUAGCGUGGCACGACAACGGAAGAGCAAUUCAUAGUAUCUACUGUUAUUUUAUUUGGAAUGUUGUAUUCAGUGCCCAAUACUUUUUCAUGAUACAGGAAGAUCAUUAACAUGUUAUUUCGGAGGUCUCUCUCUUCCAACUGAUUACGUCAUAUCAAUAUAGAUCUUCGGAGGUCUUUCUCUUCAAACUGAUGACAUUAUACCAAUAUAGAUCUUUCAAAGAUAUCUGAAUUACGAAAUGGCCAGGUGAGAUGCUCUCUACUACAAACAAAAAAAGGUUGUUUUCUUUUUAACAGUAACAGCAUCAGAUGUAGUUCCAAUUGCUUCAGCAAGGAACAGUAAUCAUUUUUUGGUCUUUAGAAGGAAUGGCUACUUUUCUUUGUACAUUAUACAUAUAUCUCAAUGACUAUGUUGUGUAAUAUAGACUCAGGUUAUAACUCGGGAAGUGAUGUUAUGUUGUCAAAUGACCUUUGAAAUUACUGAACGUCAACAGGAUAACUUUAUUGCAGAGUAAAGCCAAAUAAAUGUAUAUACAUAUAUAUGUAUUAAUUAUAUAUAUUAAGCUCAGAAUGGAUUUUUAAAAGUUUUGUGAUAUGAUAAUUGAUGGCACUUAAUUUUUAUUUUCUGUAAAUAAAAAAUAUCUAUCCCAAGACCUCUAA